AUGUGCAAUCAAACAGCUGCCAAUGAAGUUGCCGCCGUUGCCACCACCAGCACCCCAAAAGACAGCCGCAAAGGAGUGGCUAAGACGUUUGAAGAGCAGCUAAAGGCCGCUGAUAUAGAAUUGGUAGGUUUUUAGCAUAAAAUAAAUUUAAAAUUAGUCAGUUAUCUCAAAUAGCAUAUUCCAAAAAGCAAAACAAUUGACCGUAUUUUACAUUAAAUAUACACUAGAUAUAAAAUUCUCAUAACCCAUUAUAUAAGUUAACAAUUUGUGUCAAUUUUAGCCAAAGAAAAAGGUCAAGAAGGCUAACACAGCCCCUCUGUCGGCCGAUGAAGUUCUAAAGGCUGUUAAGCAAACUGAAGGCCAAAAAGUAGCCCAACAAACCCAGCCUAGUAUUGAAGCGGAAGAAGACUACAACCCGCUAGCCCGUAGGGCCAACCAAAAGACUCGAGUGUACUCCGGUCGGCCCAAGGCUUUAAGUGUUGAGGACGCUGUGCCAGUCAACAAGUAUCAAGGGUGGAACAGCGACAAACUAGAAAAGAAGUGGCAAGCCAGCUCAGCGGAACGACCAGAGCUAGAAAAAGCCUUCAAAGCUUUGGCCAAGAAUGAGUUUAAAGUAGAGGAAAGAAUAGAAAAAGCUCGUACUUGGCGCCAGUUUUACAUGGUAAGUGAAUGCAGCAAAUAGCAAAUAGUACAGUUUUAAUAACUUUUUUAUUAUCCUUGUAGAGUAGAACUUCGAUAUAGUAAACUUAUCAUACUCAAAUUGUUAAUUCACGCUGUUAAUUACCGUAUACAUUACUAUAAUUCCUAUUUUCAGAAGUUACGCCAAGACCGCGAAGCAGCUGGCUAA